UUAAUUCGUUCAAUUGUUCCGCCCAAAAAAACCCAACAAAUAUCCUUUUUCAGAAGAUAUUAAUUCAUCAAAGUGUCUCAUUGAUAAAAGUGAAAAUUUUACAUUACAUAGAGACUAUGAAUCGUCAGUGAAUAUGAUCCAACCCAAGUGUCUUAUACUUUUAAUUCAGUGACAGUGGAGCCGGCCAUAAGCUCACAUUAGCUCGGGAAACCUACAAAAAAGGAGCGACAAAAGUAAAGACAAAGUUUUAAGAUAGCAAAGUUUUAAGUUGACUCGGAUGUAAUGUCUUGUAGUUGUUAACUCGGUGAAGUUUGUUGACUUGGAGGCUUUGAAAAUACCAACUCGGAAACAUAAACUUGAGGCGGAACCGCAAGCUUGAAAAUCGUUGCUGGGUGCGAGAGAGUAACUUUUGAAAUUUGAUGGCUGCGUGAAAAUUAGCGUUCGAACCGCCUGAGAAAACGUUUGUCAUGACUUAAUGAAAAGGAGUUUGCUGUAGUUCCAACUACUAGCUAAUAGCUAGUAACUACACACAUUCACAUUCACACAGAGGAACUACUCACGUUUGGUCUUGCGUUUACCAAAUAUACUCAAGUUUACCAACACAGCGACUUCUAUUUGCGUCAAAAUCAUGGCAAGAUAUGUGUUUACUCUCUCGCUCUUGCCCCGUCUUGGUUUCUCUGGUGGGUUCCAACUAAGGUCUAUAUCUAGCGAGAACGACAACGACAACGACAACGACAACGACGCGACGUACGUUCACCCUUGUUUGCCACACGUGUGCUAAGAAUAUCAUCGCAAUAGCAGAAGCAUAAGCUACGGCUGAGGGAGAACAGAUCUUCCUUUCCUCUUCUCUCCUCUCAUCCACUCUCCGUCUCUUUGACUUUCGUAUUAUGAACUGACCUGAAAACAUUUACGUCUACAAUAUUUAUGCUAUGAUGAAUAAAUUUACGCAUCGAUGUAAUAAAUGUGUCAGAGGAACGGCGAUUGAUUUUGAUUUGUAUUAUUUGUUCAUCUAUGGGCUGAUUAAUUGAUUCAGUUAGUAAUUAAUUGGUGGUUGAAUUAAUUAGUCCUGUUAAUUAGUGGAUUUAGUUUACAUCAAAAAUGAAGCUGGAAAUAAUUGGGAUAAUCCUGGUGUCAUGCACCCAAAUACUGUCAGAACACCGUGACUUUUAUGGCCCUUACAAUCCGUUUGGACAUCAAAGGCAUCGGCACCAGAACUGGGACGAAGAUCGAAUGACUAAAGAGGUCCGCGUUGCUCAAGGGAGAUUGAGGGGCUUCGUUGUUCAGCCCAAGACUAGUCCGAGGAUGCAGCUGGUUGAUGUUUUUCUUGGAAUCCCUUACGCGGAGCCACCAGUGGGACCGUUCAGAUUUUCACCACCACGAUCACCUCGACCCUGGCGAGAUAUACGACCGGCUCAGGAGUUCGCUCCAGUCUGUCCGCAAGUCCUGCCAAAUUUAAAGGCCGAAGUUAAAACUCGACACGAGUAUCUCGGGCGAUUGCUAUCCUACUUAAAAAAUCAGAGUGAAGACUGCUUGUACUUGAAUAUUUACGCUCCUCAUCAGGUUGAAGGUCAAGUUAAUUCAAGAAGGUAUCCAGUUAUGGUUUUUAUCCACGGUGAAAGCUUUGAGUGGAAUAGCGGCAAUCCUUACGACGGCACCGUUCUAGCGGCUUAUGGCGACGUCGUCUUUGUAACUAUUAAUUUUCGUCUUGGUAUUUUGGGUUUUAUGCGACCAGGGACGAGCGACGAUGCGGCCAGUAAUUUUGGGCUGCUCGACCUAACGGCCGCGCUUUUAUGGCUCAAAGAAAAUAUUGCGCGAUUCGGUGGUAAUCCGGAUUUUAUCACUAUUAUGGGACAUGGUACUGGAGCAACACUUACUAAUUUACUUCUUAUUAGUCCUGUUGCUAACAAUAAAGGUCUGUUCAAACGCGCCAUUUUAAUGUCCGGCUCUGCAUUGAGUUUUGAUGCAAUUGGGAAGGCUCCGCUUCAAAUAACUAAACAGGUUGCAUUUCAAUUAAACUGUCCUACAACAAGUGACAGCGAAUUAGCGUCAUGUUUACGAAAUAGAGAUGUAGAAGCAUUACUAAACGUAAAGAUCGAUAAGCCGCGAUAUGUGCCAGCAUUCGCGCCGCUUAUCGAUCGCGCUGUAAUACCAAAGAAGCCCCUAAGAUUGAUGGAGGAUACCCAAGUGUUUGGCAGUUUCGACUUGAUGUACGGCGUUACUGAAUCUGAAAAGUUCCACAUUUUACCGGCGGUUGCCGUGCUAGAGGGAAUGUUGGACGAGCAACGGGAUCAGGCGAUUCGUGAUCACGCUAAAGCGACUCAUGAACUAGAACCAGAUCCGAUACUGUCACGGGUUUUGGAGCAUUACGGCGGAGAUUUUCUCGAUGCAUUCACCCGUGAUUAUCUAACGAGGAAUCGCGAUAUUGUGCUGGACGUAUUUUCCGAUAGCGGGACCGUUGCACCUCUUGUGAUGACUGGCAAAUUACAUGUUAAAGCUAAUCCCAGAAGCUAUAUGUAUGUUUUUUCACAUCCGAGGGCAGUACAAGAUUACCCUGGACAACAACGGCAGCACACAGUUCAUGGAGAGGAAUUGCAAUAUAUACUGGGCGUUCCACUUGACGGUGGGAAGUAUCACUUGCGCGGUCGAUAUAAUAUCGGUGAAACGCUCUUCUCCGAGGCCAUGAUGACCUGGUGGUGCAAUUUUGUCCAUACAGGGAGCCCAAAUGCGCCUGGAAAGAUGACCUAUUUAACCGACGGACCAAAAGAAUGGCGUCAAUACCAAAAAACAUAUUGGCCAGAAUUCAAUAACAUCACAGAAAUUUACUUUAACUUAACAAUACCGCCGAAGUCUGGGCGCCAUUAUCGAUCAUCAGAAAUGAUGUUUUGGAACGAAGACAUUCCCAAUCUAAUUAGACACAAGCCUCGAGGCCCUAGACCAGACUUUCUCGAUCACAUUGAUAAGGACGACCAGUACAGAAACACCAGCUCCCCUGGAGUUGACGGGCUUGGCAUAAAGUCUACCACCAUGGCGCCCACUAAUUCUGAUCCUGGUUAUUACGGAUCUAUCGAACGAACUGGAAAUGACUACUCAGAUAAACCUCCUGUCCCUUGGGGUCCAAGUCUCGGCAAGAAUACUCCGCAAAUGAACCACAAAUAUAAUCCCAACGAUGAUAAUAAUAACAAUAAUAAUCAAAAUAAUGAUGAUGAAAAAUCAAUGACAGAAAGCAGCUUCAAAGCUUCCUCAACUUUCACCAUGGUGGUCGGGAUCAGCGUGUUCUUUCUGUUGAUUAACCUGACGGUCCUCUUCUACAUCUACCACAGAAGACAGCGGAUAAAGAAGAGCAAAGAGUCUUUAUCACAGAAGCUCAAGCGAAAUACUAGUGUCCUCACAGGGUCCAGAAAAUUGAAGACGAACCAACAUCAUUGUAAUGACAAUCAUGGAGAAAACGCUGGGGAGCUAAACCAAAAAUGUGAAAGCAAACCUGAUAUCCAUGAAGUGAUUAAGAGUGAUAAGGCUUACGACAAUAGCUCAAACUUCGGGAGACAAUCAAAACUUUCGAGGCAAAAUUCUAGCUCGACCAUCGACACUCAUAUUAAAGUUAAGGAAUGGAUACAGCAGGAAAUUGUUCACAGAUGUUCCCCACGUUUUUUGCGAAAAACUCGAGAGACUUUGCAAAAAGAGCACCAGCAGAAAAUCAUCCACUCGGACAUGGAGCGAAAAAAGCAGGACGAGCAAUUAAAAUCAGAGAAGCCGGAACCAAUAUACGAUCAAAGUCCGGCGCUAACAAUCCGACCGGGGUUGAAAAACCCCAAGUGCAAGCCCGGCAAGGUAUCAAUAGCGAUCGACGCGACCCCAGCAACUCGCACCGAAUCAAUCCUCAAUCAAGUGCCAAUAGAGCUCGUUAAAGACAUCGUUGAAGAUUCUAACACAUACGAGGAAUUCAUCGAGCUCCAAGCUCCCCAGGUGGUGGUCAUCGAGCACCACCAUUCGCGCAGCGACCCUCUUCCGAUGGAAACUGUCUUCAAGACAGCCAUCAAUCAGCGGCCCUCCACCUACAAGAGCGGUUCGUCGCGCGUAUACGAGUCUGAUUCAGGCAGCGCGAGCAGUCUGUACGCGAAAAUCAACCCCAAGUUGAAGAAGCUUCCCAAGUUGAACCUGGACGCUUGCACUCUGGAAGAAGACGUCUCCAACGACACCUGCGACGGAACAUCCAGCGUGGUCUCCAAAACCUAUCAAAGUUUUGAUGAAGGAAUCUACGGUACUAUUCCUAAAAUGAGCACCUUCGCACAUCCUUCAGAGGACAUCAACGUAACCAGCCUCGACCCAAUCAUCGAAAAGGACCCGAUUAGUCCCGAGGAGGCACUCAAGACCAUAAAAAGACGGAAUUACCCGAAAGUUUUGCCGGACAUUGAAAAACGGCGGUCCCUUCCAGUGACUAAUUUUUCGACUCUGACCAAGCAGAGCUCAGGGGGAACCGCAGCAGUGAAUCACAGAAAGGGACCGCACCCUUCUUGCGGAUCCAGCUGUCCACCGCAGCCACCGCCAAGAAUCUUCGGCACUUCAAAGAGUCUUGAUUUGCCCGAGGAAGAGGAGAAUGAGAGAGAACCAAUUACUACGAAUCUCCAUGUCGGUCCAUUGUUGAAGAGACAGGAUUCUUGCGGUAAGAAUCGCUCGGAUUCCAGCAUCAUUGAUUCGAUUGAGCGGAUCGCCAUUGACGCUCAGCAAGUUCUAUACCAACAUAAUCGCAAUCAAACUGAGCUGGAUUCAUCAAACUCUAUUACACCAAAUCCGAAAUGCCCUGUGCACGGAUCCUACAAAGCUUUCAAUGAUGAAAUGUAUGCCAAUAGCAGGUCCGCUGACGGGUUGGAUAGAAGUGUGGGAAGCGAUGAUUCGUACUGGUACGAGAAUUACGCAGGGGUUGAGACCAACAAAUCGCUGCCGAAUGUCAGCAUUAGAAACAAAAACUGCUACCAAGUGGGAACGGAAAAGGGAGCCGUUUUUGGGCGGGAUGCUCAACCUUUAGCGAGAGAAGGUGAAGGUUUAAGGAUAGUUAUCACCCCUAAGGUGCCUGAUGCCUCUGGUAACUUUGCCAAGGAGGAGGAUGUUCCUUUUGCAAAUCAAACUGAGGCUUUUAGUGUAAUUAGCGAGCGGAAAGAACCGAAAAUAGUGAUCGCUCCUUCGGGUACGCUUAGGCCUCCGAAGAUAAUCAUAAAGCCUAGUACUAAAUUUGAAAGAAAGAGAGAACGGGCGAUUCCCAAGGUUUCGGCUAUUCCCUCGCCGGAGAUUCUUAGCGAGAAACCUCCCUUGAUGGAGAAGCCGAAGGUCACUAGGAUCCCUUCGCUGAGGAGGAGGGGCAGCGAUGCCAGCACGAUUUACUCGGAAAAAGUUGAAGUUGUCCAGCGGAUCAAUUGUUCGGAUUCCGGGGAUGUGUUUUCGAAUAAGGCUCCGGGAGGAACUAACACUAUUAAGCGGAAGCCGGUUGAUAGGAAGUGAGAGGUUCGGGGUUGUUAUGGACAGUAAACAAUUUUUCGUUAAUUCAACACAAUCGCUAGUGUUGUUCGAUCAGUCCAUUUUAUAACAAAUAAAAAUGGUACUCUGAUAGAAGGAUUUAUUAACUAUU